CUGGGUAAAAAUGUCAGAUAGGCCGCCUGACGAACCAGGCUUUGCCUACUUCUGGCGUUGGCUUGCACGGGAGAAAGUGGAUGAAGAGUUGUAUCGCCUUAUAAGAACCACUCCCGGACUACCUGACCAAUCAUGGAUGGUGGAAGAUGUAGAGAAAACAGUUCGAGAUUUCAUGAGCAGUCGCGUCGAUCACUUGAAGAGCUUGCUUGAAGGAUGGGAGAUCAUGGAAAAGGGAAUGAACAAAGAGAUCGCAACCCAAAUCUUCAAUGAAGUAGUUGCCGGAUGCAGGACGCUCGAGGACUUUGAAAAUCGCAACUAUUCAAAGAAGAACCAAAAUCAGCAGAACAAGCCACGUCAGCAUUUCGGAGUCGAAUUGAGCGGAAAUCCGAUUAUGUCAAUGGCGCCGAUUACUGAACUUGCCACAAACGGGGGAUUGCCAACAUCUUCAACAAUCUACUCGCCACAGUCCGAGGAGUACUACACUCAAUCGGCAAAUAAUAGGUACUACGACAAAAUUUUUGGAGAUCAUAAGACCUUCGACAACAUCAUGCAGAAAAACAGCCGAACUCCAAACAUGCCGGUACCAAAAGUUCAUCCAAUGCCAUACCAUCCACAAAUGAAUAAAGGCAAUCACUACCAACAACUUCAGCAAUAUACACAACCUCCGCCAGUUUAUAAUGCAUACCAGCCACCCCCACAAAUGCACUAUAACGCACAACCGAGAAUGGCAUAUCAGGUUGCAUACCAAGCGGUUCCUCAAUUCGUUCAUAUGCCUGUUCAAAUGGCGCCAGUGGUAAUGCAAGACAAUGUUUACGCCGGCACCAGUUAUCGACAAGUGUAUAUUCCGCCCGCAUAUUCCGCGAAAAGAUAUGGCAGUGAAAGUCGUUCUCGCUACGUGAAAGCAAAGAAUGAAGUUCAUGAUCAGAAGAAUACAAAUGGAUAUGAGAAUGCCAAUACGUCAUCAUCCUCAUCUUCCGUCACCGCACACAUCGCCCGUUCUACUGUCAGCGAGGAAGAAGGUACAUCGAGUAAGUCAGAAGAAGUUGCCAUUGAGGAUAGUUCGAAGUUUGAACACCAGGAACCUUCAACUUCAGUGGAUGUUGUGGGAUAUGUUGAGAAGUCAAUGGCUGAAACAGAUGUGCAGUCUGAGCUCGCUAAUGGCGCACUGAUGAAUGGUACUGUAGAUCAACAUCUGCAAGGCUCUGUGGCAAGCAGCAAACGAAAUCCGACUAGCUCAGAUGUUUUUGGAAAUGUUUCCUCUGGAUCUCGGAACAAUUCAGAAGACAAUAAGCCAUCAACAUCGGAGUCCACAACCAUUGCAUCUGAUAGCAAUGCUAGUGAUGAAGCAUUAGCUAAUACAGACACUGAUCCAUCAAUUGCCGAGUCUACUCAUCAAUUAACAUUUCCUCCAAUUACAACUGAUUUUGUAUCAGCAAAAACUGCGCUUGUAGUUGAUACUUCUGAUCAAGGCACUGCGCCAGUUGUACAGGCAGCUUAUAAAACCGUUGCUGAAGUUGUUCAGCAAGGUUUGUCGACUGAUUCUCAAUCAGCAAAACAAGUGAGUGGAAUUGGACAUACUCGAAUUUCUCCAGCUGAGAAGUCGUCAGGUGCAAAUGCAACGUACUCUCACAGAACUACUACAAAAGAGCAUGCAUCACAUGGGAAUUCUAAUGGCGACUGUUAUCGAAGACAUAUGAUCUCUCCAAGAAAGCCAUCACUUUCAUAUGCUCAAAUGCUUUAUCCGAAAAGUGAACCAUUCAGUUCGUCUUCUUCUUCUUCUUCGUCUUCGGUGCUUCUAUUAGCAUCGCCAUCUGAUAAAAAUUCACGUCAAUUGAAAGAGCCAACCGAUUGGCACAAGGUGACAAACAAGAAAGCGGCGGAUCCAGCAAUUUUGUCUCCUCCAAUUCAAACACAACGCUCUCCACAAUCUCCAUUAACCGAUUUCACACUUCCACAAGACAACUCUGACGAAGAGGAUGAUGAUGUAGCGUCUGACGAUCCAGAUGCGGAAAAGAGACGUCAAAAACGUCGGCUAAAACGUCAAAAACUGAAACAAACUAAUCGUCAGCAAAAAGCUCAAGAGAAGGAGCUUGCCCGUAAAGAGUCUCUUGCUAGAGCAGGAUCUAUAAUGAAAGAAUCAAACGAUAGCGAACAGAACUCUAAGCUUGACACAAAAUCGAUCACUGACGAAACAACGGUGAAAGAUAGCCCAUCUACAGAGGAAACCGUGAUACCAGAAAAGCCUAAGCCAGCGUUCGAUCGUGAAAAUAUUGCUGCUCGUAGAAAGAAACGCCAAGAACUUCAAAAGCAAUCAGAACAGGCAAAUAAAAGAGUCAAACCGACUCCCAUCGUCAUACCUGCUGAAGAAGUUCCUUUUGUGUCACUUUCGCCGUAUGGAUUUUCUGGAAAGACCCGCAAUCGUCCACAAAAUUACACUAUAAUUUCACCAGAUGGAAAGUCUUCCAUCCCACUUUUUAUCCCUGAUCAAGACGGUCUUAGAACUAACUACGAUGACGAUAAAGCUGGUAGCACGUUAGUCGAAAAAAUGAUUGAUAGCACUCUCUCUGACAAAAAACCCAUUGCUGUACCGGUUCAAUUGGUUCGCCACAACAAUUCUGGAACAGUUCCAGUAGAUAUUACCGAAAUUGAUGAAAACGCCAAUAUGGUGGAAAAACUGCUGAUGUUUGACUCUUUGAAGAAACUGGACGAACUUGACCUUUCUGAAGUUGAACGCGGAUCAAUUGUUAAAGGGCUCGAAGAUAUGAAGAAAAUGUACCUCCGUGUAGAAAAAGCCGGACAACUUAUCUCCUACAAGACAGGAAGCUCUAUGGUCACUGAGUGCGUCGAAGCAAAGCUCUUGUACUUGACGAUAAAACUUUUAAGCAAUCGCGUGGAGCUCAGCGAGCAAGAUGAAAUGAUGGUUUUGGAAAUUGGCAGCAAAGUUGCACAUUGCUCGACAAGCUUUAAUUACACUAACUAUCUCACUGCUCUCCUCAACUUUGCUCCUGCUCGAGCUGAAACUCUCCCAGCUGGAACUGAUCUUCGCACAAAUUAUGAGCAGAGCGUAGUGCUCACCAAAGUAUUCCUAAGACGGACUUCGAUCCUCUUUGACAAAGUUUCGAAGAUUUAUGAUUUUUCCCAACUCCCACAGGAUAUUGUUUGAAUUCUCCAAUAAUACAUUUGGUCACAUUAACGUUGUGUCAGUUUCUUGAUAGCAUCUGUCAAACACAGUUGUUUAAAGUUUUCAAAAUCCUGUUAGAAUUAGUGUCCCGAAAAAAAAAUAGAAAAGCUUUCAAAAUCCCAAACAUAGCAUCUUACUUACUCGCCUUUGCUCCCAAAGAUUUACCAUUUUCUUGUUUUUGUUUGUUAAUUUCCUCUCCCACCCAUUUUCAACCAUGUCAUUUCACACAUUAAACUCAGUAUGCAUCGAUUUAAUUGUUCCAGGCUAAUUGGGUUUCUGUCAUUGUUAAUAGACACAAUUUUUACUGAGAAAUCCUUUUCAUAUGUGUGAAAUUUGUUCUUUAAACGUGCAUUUCCUAUUUAUCGCUCUCUAGAUUUGAUGCCAGUUCGUGUAGUUUUUUCCCAACCGUUGACUCAUCGAUACCGCAAUCCAUUUCACCCAGUAUUUGUACCAUUGCCGUGAAUUCACAGUAUUACAUGGUCGUCCCCUUUUCCACAAAAUCUCUUUCAGACUCCCUCCACCCUGAUCCCGUUUUAAUUGUUUCUUGCUGAUUUCCCUUUCAACCGAUCUUCGUUUUUUUUUCAAUAGGGUAUAUUUGAAAUGUCGGAAUGUCGAUUCAGCAGUAAAUUUGAUAUGACACUCUGACUUUUUUAAAUGUAAAUCUGAUUGUUUAUCAGAAUUCAACCGGGCCCACUGAUUAUUCAUUAAUUAUGCGACAAGAAGAAUAACGUUAUAGUUUUUCUUUCUUAAGCAUUUUUCAUCAUCAACAUUUUUUGUUUAGAUUUAAUUUUGUUGCUAAUAAAAAACUACACAAAAC